ACUAUCUGUUACUAUUCCGAAGAAGAAAAUAUGGGUUUGAAAGGCAAGUUGGUAGUUUCAGUGGAGGUGAAAUGUGGAGGUUACUUGUUUCAUGACCUUUAUCAAACUAAACCGCAUCAUCUAUCCAACAUAAGCCCUGAUAAGGUCACAGGUUUUGAUCUUCAUGAAGGUGGGAUUUGCGAGGUUGGUUCUGUAGUUACCUGGAAAUAUAAGGAUGAUGGAAAUGAGAAGAUUGCUAAGUGUGUCAUUGACGAAGUCAUUGAUGAUGAAAAGAAAUCAAUCACAUGGAAAGUGAUAGGAGGAGAUCUCUUGGAAGCGUAUAACACUUUCACUGUUAACAUUUCAUGCGAUCAACAUUGGAUUACAUGGACACUUGUGUAUGAGAAGAAGACUGAAGACACCCCCGAGCCUCUAACUUUCUUUGGAUAUGUCACUGAUCUAACUAAAGAUAUAGAGGCUCACCAUGUCGAGAAAUAGAAGAAUACGCGCUAUUUGAUAUGGCUGAUCAAAAUAUGUGUGUUUGUGAUAUGAGUAUUGGACAAUAUUGGCUAGUAAUUGAAUGUGAAAUAAAUAAUAAUGGUGUGUUGAAAAAUAAUAAUGUCCAAAUGUCAAUCUAUUAUAAGAUGUUAAUUAAUACAAUAUGUUUGUUCAGUGUGCCGUGUAUGAUAAUGCUGUGUUGGACAAUAUUAGCUAGUCCUAGAAUAUAGACUAAAUAAUAAUGUUGUGUUGAAAAAUAAAUCGCUCUACUUAUGUUUC